GAAGAGACAUUGCUACAGCAGCGGGCUCUAAUCACCACAGUCCUAGCCACCGAGCCAGGGAGGCACAAGCACCCAGACUUACCAGUGCAGGCACAAGAACCCUUGUGACACCAGGGCACACAAACACACAAGGACAAACACAGGCUAUUCAAUAAGGGCUUUAACCAUGGGAGGAAAGUUGAGCAAGAAGAAGAAGGGGUACAAUGUUAAUGAUGACAAAUCAAAAGAUAAGGACAAAAAGGCAGAUGAAGCCAAUACAGAAGAAGAAGCGGCAACUAAAACUAAUGAGGAGACCCAGCCUGUUGUAGAGAAUGCUGACGCAAAAGAAAAUAAAGAAGAGAAGAACGAUAAAGAGGCCCAGCCUGCGGAGAACAAAUCUGAGGUCAAAGAAGGGGAGAAAGAGGCAACUAAGGAUGCAGUACAAAAAACAGAAUCUGAGAAGACAGAGGCUUGCUCCGAUGCUAAGGCAGAACCUCAGAGCGCUGAACCUCCUGUAUCUAAGCAAGAGGAACCAACUGCUGCAACUCCUGCUCCAGCCGCCACUAGCGAAGGCUCUAAAGUCUCUGAGCCUACAACAGAGGCAAAAGCUUCCCAACCAUCAGAAGCACCAGCACCAAGUAAAGUAGAUGAAAAGAGCAAAGAGGAUGGGGAAGUGCAAAAGACUGAGGCUCCCUCUGCACCAGAGGUCAAAACGGAGACCGCUCCAGCCUCAGACUCAAAACCUAGCAGUGAGGCUGCUCCAUCUUCCGGGAAGUCUCCAGAACCUGAAGCAUCUAGUUCUUCUACUAAGGCCUCAGAGCCUGCAGGACCAGCUGAUGAAGUUAAAGCUGUUGACAUCCCAGCAGCUAAUUCUGAUCAAACCGUAGCAGUUCAAGAGUAAGAUGGACAGCCUGUUUGAAAUAACCACUUAAAACAACCUGCAAUGAUGUUUUUCUUUGUUUUUGAUUUAUAUAUUUUUUUCAGCCAUACUAACAAACUUGAUUUAGAUUUGAAAUAAGUACAUGUAAUGGCCAGAAACAAUAUAAAAUUCCAAAUAGUAUUUUUGUGGGGGAGAAAAUGUACAAUAUACACAUUCCACUAACUCUAUUAAUUAAUAGAUAAAUGAAACAAAAAAAAGUUUAAGAUGUUUGUGAGCAUUUUUUUUCUUUUUUUUUUACAUCAAAGCAGCAUCUGCAAAAUGAAAAGUCAAGAUACAAUAAUAUUGUUUUGUUCUCCCUUCUGCAAUAAGAUUGCAGGAGAAAUGUUUUUUGAAUUUGCCCAUAGGGCUUGUGCCAAGGCAAUCAAAUCUUUUUAGGAAAUUUUAUUUUCAUUUGCAGUCAUUUUUUUCUUUUUCUUUUUUUCUAAAUGCAGUAAAUAAUGGCCAAACGUUUCCAACCGAACCAACUUUAGCUGUCUCUUAUUCCUCUCCAGAUAUUUUGGAAGUAACAACAUCCUCAUUCUACUUAGUCUACCUAGAUUUCUCAUGAUGAAUUAAUGCAUGUCUGUGGUUGGGUGCACCUGUAGUUCUGUUUAUUGGUCAGUGGAAAUAAUAAUAAAAAAAAAGUCUGCGUUGAUUUGCAGUUCCAGUUUUUCUUCCAUUCUAUGUCACAGACACCAACACAACACUCAUUGGAAAGCAAGUAACUAAUAAAAAAUAAAAAAAUUUAAAAAAAAAUUGCAAAAUUAAAAAAGAAAAAAAAAAAAGGAAGAUGUAAAUGGAUGCUUUGAAAAUAUAUGUAAUUGUAUAAAUGGUGCAACAGUAAUAAAAGUAAAAUAAUUAAGAAACAAA